UGUGGAUACGUAUGCACGAAGAGAUAUCUAUUUGCAGAAAUAUGUGUGGAUACGUAUACAGGAAGAGAUAUCUAUUUGCAGAAAUAUGUGUGGAUACGUAUGCACGAAGAGAUAUCUAUUUGCAGAAAUAUGUGUGGAUACGUAUGCAGGAAGAGAUACAUAUUUGCAGAAAUACCUGUGGAUACGUAUGCGCGAAGAGAUAGAUGUUUGCAGAAAUACAUGUGGAUAUGUAUGCACAAAGAGAUACACGUCUGCAGAAAUACGUGUGGAUACUUAUGCACGAAGAGAUACAUGUUUGCAGAAACACAUCCGCACAUAUAAACAAAAAGAUACACACGAAGACGAUACACAGAUGGUUAUCCAGGAAUUGGCUCAUGCGAUGUCGAUGGCGGGGCUGCUGAGGGUGAAAUCUGCCGGGCAGGUGGGCAUGUAGUAGGGGACACUCCAGACUUGAGGCAGAAUUCCUUCUCUGGGAAACCUCAGAGUGUGCCCUUGAGGUGUUCGCCUGAUUAGACGAGGCCCACCCCCCAUGUGAACUAGCAUCUCUUCAAGUCAGCUGCUUGUGGAUUUUUUGUCCCACCUACAAAACAGCCCGAGUGAGUGUUUGAAUAAUGGGGACGGAGGGGGGCGCUGUUGCCCAUCCAUGUGAUGCCCAUCCACAUGAAAUGCCCGUCACGGAACUAUUUAAAGGGUGAACUCAUCAUGAUGUGCUGUCCAGUGGGUCCCCUGUGCCAGUCCUAGGUGACCCCCGCCAGGGCAGCGGGCACACGCUCCCGACAGUAGUCCCCACGCCCAACCUGUGCCUUCCCAUGGGCUCCUCUGGGCUCAGGCGUGCCGGCCCCGGGGGGAGAGGCUGGUGCAGACCUCCUAGUCCCGGCUCUUUGUUCCACAGCAGCUCCCAACACUCUUGGAGGAGUUCACGGCCGUGUCUCCGACUCACCCCACCUCACGGGUUCCCACAGGUGCUUCUCCAUUCCGCCUCCCAAGCCUCCCUCUCCUCUGACCCUGAACAUGUUUUAGAGUCACUUCCUGGAUUCGCGAGCGGAUGUGGUAUCAGUCAUUAUCCUGCUAGUAUGAAUUUGGAAGCACGGGCCCAGACUCCCUGCAUUUCGUUCUCAUCUGGAAGCGUGGACGGUGUUGUGGGGAAUCUAAACUCAGAAGGAGGAGUCUCUGGCCGUGAUUCUUUCAUUCCCCAACCAGCUAAGAGUUCUGGGCGACAGCCGCUACCCCACUUCCGUUAUUCAAUCAAACACUCACUGAGGGGUGUUUUGUAGGUGGGACCAAAAGUCCGCAAGCAGCUCACUUUAAGUAAAGAGAGGUGACGUCACAUGGGGGUGGGCCUCGUCUAAUCAGGUGACGACCUCAAGGGCACCCCCUGAGGUUUCCCGGAGAAGAAAACCCUAAGAUGAGUCCCAGAGGAAUACUUUCAUGCUCCACACCUUGCAAAGACCGUAGGCUGUGGGGACCGGCCAGCCACAGGCUGGGGGUCAGAAGGACCAGAGUGGUGGCAGGGACCAGGCCCAGACCUUGGGGUUUUCCUUGGAGCCGUGGUUCUCACAGCCCCGUUGUUCUUACAGGUGGGGCCAUACCACUUGUGGGGAGGAAGGCUCCCUCGUGCCUGUGCUCCUGAGAUAAUGGUCUGGGGCCCACCUCGGCCCCCAGGGUCUCCCAUGGUCAAGAGCGUCAGGCGAAGGCACCCGGGGGGCUGAGCGGCUGACGGGGGAGGGAUCUGAGCCCAUGGGGAGUUCACCCCCAGGAAAUGAGACCUGGGGACACAGUGGCGCUCGCAGGAGGCCGUGCAGGUCCCCUGUCACUGGAUUUAAGGCCACCCUGAUCCAGGAUGGGCUCUGUUUACAUCCCUCAUCACAUCUGCAAAGACCCUGUUUCCAAAUCAGGUCCCCGUCCCGGGUACCAGGAGCUAGAACAGGGACAUAUAUUCUGGGGACACAAACUCCAGCCUUGUCGUGAGGACUCCCUCCCCCCGUGGAGUCUGCCCUCGGGGACCCUGCUGGUCUGGUGUCAUCGUCAUUGCCUGUCACCCGGGCAGGACAGCGUCCCCCGAAAGUACUGAGACGGCCCAAGGCAGGUGCCGAGAGCUGAGCGGCCAGUGCAGCUUUGGGGCUGGGACAUGGCGGCCGUGCUGGAUCUUGUGACCUUCCUGGUCGUCCUGAAGUCGGCAUGCUGUGCACAACCACGGCCGGCGCAAGACAAAAUAUCCCCCAUUAUAAACAUGCAGCUGGAUUCAAGGAAAAAAAUGUUAACCUGGACUUACACCAGAAACGUGAGUGACCAGGAGUGCACAAUAGAUACGCCCACUGCCUAUUCCGCCACGGUGGACCCACAGGUGACGGAGGACCGCACCUACGUCUGCACCUUCCCCAACUCCGUGCUGCACAGGGGGGCCAACCUGACCGUGAACGUCACUUGCGACGGGGACGUGUUCCUCCAAGUCCUGACUUUCGCCAACCCAGGCAGGGAAGGUUCCGGAGCCGUGAACUUCUCCUGCCUCAUUUACAACGUGCGCUUCAUGAACUGCAGCUGGGCGCCCGGCCCGGCCGCCCCGGCCGACGUCAAGUAUCGACUGUUCUGGGCGUCCAGGCAUGAGGCCGACGCGGAAUGCGUCCAUUACAUCCUCGGCCCCACGGGGACCCGCGUGGGCUGCCAUUUCGACCAACUGGGCGAACCCCAGAGGACGGAUAAUUACUUCUUCUUGGUGAACGGAACCAGCAGGGAAACGGCGAUCCCGUUUUUGGAUUUCACUCCAUUUAAGGCCGUUCAAAUCGAGAAGUACGAUCCACCCAGGAACAUCACCAUCACCUACAACCGGUCGCACCACAUCAUCCGGUGGGAACAUCCCGAGAUCCGAUUCGACCUUUCGAGUCACAUGCUGUAUUACGAGCUGGACAUCCAAACGCCGGCGAGCUCCGCAGAAACAAAGCGUAGGGGACAGGACCCCAACGUGUACCUGAUGCCCAGUUCCGCCACCAGAGCCAAGAGCGCCUUCCGGGUGAGGGUGCGUUACAUGUACAACCGCCUGUGGAGCGAAUGGAGCCCCACGCAGCGGUUCGGCCUCCCGGAGCAGGAUUUCAGCGGCGCCCUGGUGGGGCCCGUGGUGGCGACAGCGGCUUUGUCCUCGCUCGUCCUCAUGUUCCUCUGCAAACGGUUCUCCGUGAGGCGCAAGCUGUUCCCUCCCAUCCCGCAGGUGAAGAAGGAAAUCGCCAAGGCCCUCAUGCCCACCCCGGGGGUCGCCUGGGAGGAGGGCCACCCCCCGCCGGGCCCCCAGGACCCCGAGGACGUGGUCACGCUGGAGGCAACGUGCUGAUGGGCACGGGGACGAGGGGAGAUGGUGCGUCCCGCCAGCGACCACUUCUGGCCCCGUGUGGUGUUAGUAAAAUGUUAGAUAAAUAAAAUAACAUAAGAGAAGGAAAAUAACAAGAGGAAACGUGAUAGGAUGGAAUAAAAUCAUACAGGGCAAAGAAUGAAAUGAGAUGACAAGACAAAACGUAAGAAUAAAAGAAUAUAGCAGGUGGGGAAACGCCGAGCGUCCAAUGGCAAACGAGCCUCCC